AUGCAAGAAUAAAAAUUGAAUGAGAUUUAAUUAUCUCAAUUCGGUGCUGAUAAAUUGAAGAAGCAAGCUUUAUAAUAUAAGAAACUUUAAGAAACAUUUUCAAAGAGAUUUUCAUCUAAUAACAACAAUCAAUUUUACAUUUUAAGCAUAAAGUAAUUUUUAAAUAGAAAAUUUAAGAUGGCUUAAUUAAUGGAAGAAAUAUGUCUCCUAUGAUGAGAUAGUUGCUAACAAAGCACCAUGUAUGUAUUUUGGCAGAAUAACUCUUGAUAGAAUUAAUGAUGAUUUGUAGGAGAAUGUGAUUAAAUGCUUUCUAUAUGAUCCUAUAGAGACUCAUCCAUGGAAUACAUUUAUGAAAUAAGAAUGUUAGGAAAAUGUUGAUUAUAUAAUUAUUGAUAAGGAUAUUUGGGAAUUUUUUACAUCUUACUAUCAUGGUAUAUCAAUAAUCAGACCAUCUAAUGGUAAUGGAAAAGACAAAUAAGUGGCUGUAAAUUUAUUAAGAGUAUACAAUAAAAUCAUUUUUAGUUUAAAUGUGUAUUGAUCUAUCCUAUAAUAAUCAAAUAGAUAUCUUUAGACAGAAUGCAUAAACAAACAUUUGAGAGUGAAGUUAUGUAAGUAGAUAGAAAUAUGAAAUUAAAAGAUUAUUAAGAAUUGAUACAAAAUACGGUACAUACUUUUUAAGGAAAUUUUAAAAAAGAUAAUAAUGUGAGAAUAUGGAGAUAUGUUACAGAUUAAAAGGAUCCUUAUAAAACUUUAUAUAAUGAAAUUUUCAAAUAAGUCACCUAAUUAGAUAAUAAAGAUGAUAUGUGCUUUGAUUUUAUUGGAGAAUUAUUAACUCAUUAAUAAUAUGAAUAUAUUGAAGAUGUUGGUAUUAUUGAUACUAAUCUUAUUGUAUUUGAAGUAAUUAUGCAAUUCAUUCAAUUAGUUUAAAGAUGAUUAUAAACCAUGGUGCAUUAGAAAUUAAGCAAUUUAAGUGGAAGGAAAAUGUGAAUCUUGUAAUGUCUUCAGAGUUCUUAGUUUUCCAUGUAUUUGCAGAAAAGUUGCUUAUUGUACAGAAUAAUGCAAAUAGAAUAAUUAUAAUUAUCAUAGCUCUAGAUGUGAUAAGCAUGGGUCAGAUGAUGAAUCUAUAAAAUCUUUAAUUAUUACAUCUACAUCAGUUAAAGGAAUUGUGGGUUUAAGUAAUUUAGGAAAUACAUGUUUUAUGAAUAGUGGAACUUAAUGUAUUUCUAAUUCAUAUCCUUUGGUUGAAUAUUUUUUAAAGAAUUUAUAUUUUAAUGAGAUUAAUAUGGAUAAUCCUUUAGGUACAUAAGGAUAAUUAGUAAAAAAGGUAGGAUCACUAAUUAAAAAAAUUUGGUGUGGAGAUAAACAAACAAUAACACCUACAAACUACAAAAAAGCAGUUGGAUAAUUUUAACCAAUGUUUAAAGGUUAUCAUUAACAUGAUUCAUCUGAAUUAAUGACAUUUGUUUUAGAUGGAAUACAUGAAGAUUUAAAUAGAGUUAAAAAUAAACCAUAUGUUGAAACUAAAGAUUAUGAUGGUAGAUCUGAUUUUAUUAUUGCUAAAGAAAGUUGGUUAAACCAUCUUGCUAGAAAUUAAUCAAUUAUUGUUGAUCUCAUGCAUGGAUAAUAUAAAUCUACUUUAAAGUGUCCAACUUGUCAAGAAGUUUCAAUUACUUUUGAUCCUUAUUUAAUGGUAUAAUUAGGUAUUCCAAGUUUAAAAAAGAGAACUAUAUCAUUUAAAUUUUAUUUAGAUCUAUUUUAAUAUACAUCAAUGACAAUUCCAUUUGAUAAAAAUAAAAAUAUUCCUUUUAAAGAAUAUUUGAAACAUCUUGGGGACAUACUAAAAAUAGAUUCUUAACAUUUAUUUGGUUAUAUUGCUAAUAAAUAUACUUCUUAUGAAUUUUUUGAUUAAAAUAAAUCCAUAAUAGAAAUAAGAAAGAGUUCAAAAAAAUAAAAUUUAUGCUUUAGAAAAUUAACAUAAGAAGAAAUUUAAAUAAAAAAAAAAUUUCCUAUUUAAUUUUCAAAUAAAUAUUAUGAAUAUUCAUCAAAAAAGCCAUUUAAUUAAGCUGGUGUAUUUAUUAUUGAUGAAUAAAUGACACUAAAAUAAUUUCAUUUAUUCAUCUUUAAUAAUUUUAAAUUAUUUUUUUCUGAAUACAAUUAAUUAAAUUAUCAAAAUUAAGUAUUAAAUUAAGUAUUUAUAUAUGAUGAUAUAAUUUAGUAUUAUACUUUACUUUAUAAAACAAAUUAAAAUUAUAGGAAUCCUUGUGCUUUUUGCAAUAAUAAAAUUUGUUAUGAUUGUGAAGUUAAAUUUGAUGAUGAAACAGUUGAAUAAAUAAAAAAUAAACUCUUGAAAAUUGAUUAAAAUUUCAAUUUUGAAAUUGUCAUUCUUUGGAAAUAAAGUCCAUUUAAAUAAAUUAGAUUAUCUGAUUUAUUUGAACAUUAUGUCAAAUAAUAUAAAAUAGAAGGUAUAAUUAAUAUAUUAAAGUUUAAGUUUAAGAUACUCAAUAAAUAAAUCCAAUAUCUAAGUCUAUGAAUUACAAUUCUUCAUAAGGCAAUGUUUCUCUUUAUGAUUGUUUGUAAUAUUCAUAGAUGCCUGAAUAACUUAAUAAAGAGAAUACUUGGUAUUGUAAAGUAUGUAAAGAACAUGUUUAAGCAUUUAAAAGCAUGUAAAUAUAUAAAGUAUUAAAUUUCCCAUAAAUAUAUAUAGGCUCCUUAGUUAUUAAUCUUUAUUUUAAAGAGAUUUAAGGCUUCAAAUAGAUUAUUUAAAUAAAAACUUGAAACUCAAGUAGAUUUUCCAAUAAAUAAUCUUGAUAUGACAGAUUAUUUAAUUAAUUCUAAUAUUCCUUCUGAAUUUCAGAAUGAAAAUGAAAAUUUUAAUGGAGAAAUUAAUAAAAAAAAGGUUAUAUAUGAUUUAUAUGCUGUAUCUAAUCAUUUUGGUGGAUUAGGAGGUGGACAUUAUACAGCUAUGGCAAAAAAUAAAGUAAUUAAUAACAUAAUUAAAUUAGUUCACUAAUAAAUGGUACAAUUUUGAUGACUCAAUAGUUAAUCAAAUAAGUGAAUAAUCUGUUGUUUCAAAAUCAGCUUAUGUAUUAUGCUAUUAAUUAAGAACAGAUGAUUCAAAAAAUUACUAAGAAAAAAUUAUGCAAAGAAUGAAAGAAUGAG